CCCUCUUGUGAACUCUUGUCGAUGUUUGUACCUAAUGACACAUAACACAUAUCCAUGAGGUAGUAUACCAUCCAAUGUAUUGACGACGUCGAGUGUCGAAAGGAAUGAGUUCACCUUGUCAUGUAUCGCGUAGGUUCGGGUUAUCGGUCCACUUGGGGGAUUCCGUGGCCAUGGUGUAGCGUCGACGAUAGGCGGGGCUGCAUCAUGCCGCUGAUGAAGCAGCUGACGUUUGACAUCAUCUCGGCGCUGCUCUUCGGCCUCGAGCGGGGCGCCGCUCGGGACGCCCUCGCCGACGACUUCGCGCGCAUGCUCGAGGGCAUGUGGGCCAUCCCAGCGAACCUGCCGUUCACGGCGUUCAGCCGGAGCCUCAAGGCUAGCCGCAGGGCUCGCCGGGUGCUCGAGGGGAUCACGCGGGAGAAGAAGGGAAGCCUGCUGCUGGAGCACCGCAACGGCAAGGCGUCGUCCAACUCCAACAGCGACCUCAUCACCUGCCUGCUCAGCCUGACGGACGACCAGGGCGAUCAGCUGCUAACCGAUGAGGAGAUCGUGGACAACGCCAUGGUCGCCCUCAUCGCUGGCCACGACACGUCAUCCAUCCUUAUGACGUUCAUGGUCCGCCAACUCGCCAAUGAUCCGGUAACCCUGGCCGCCAUGGUACAAGAGCAUGAGGAGAUCGCGAAAAACAAGACCGAUGGAGAGGCUCUGACCUGGGAAGACCUGACGAAGAUGAAGCUCACAUGGCCAGUCGCGCAGGAAACGCUUCGCGUCGUCCCCCCACUCUUCGGCAACUUCAGAAUAGCACUUGAGGACACCGAGUUCGAUGGCUACUUCAUCCCCAAAGGAUGGCAGGUGUUUUGGACGGCAAACGUGACUCACAUGGAUGCAAGCAUCUUCCAGGAGCCAGCCAAGUUCGACCCAUCCCGGUUUGAAAGCCAAACAGUGUCAGCGAUACCACCGUGCUCCUUUGUCGCCUUUGGCGGUGGCCCAAGGAUAUGCCCCGGGAUAGAGUUUUCCAGGAUCGAGACGCUGGUGACCAUGCACCACCUGGUGAGGCAGUUUAGAUGGAAGCUAUGUUGCAAGGAGAACACUUUCGUCAGGGACCCCAUGCCGACUCCGCUGCAUGGCCUGCCGAUCGAAAUCGGGCAGAGGAUCGCUCCUUGAUCGCGAUCAAGCUUCACAUAAAUCUCGGUAUAAAGGCCAACAACAUUAGAGCAGCGCUACAGUAGAGGGGUCAAUGGAAAUGUAGCUGGAGGCAGAGAAGAGGGAAAUGCAUACAUGAUAUAUGCACAAUUGUAGAGUUUUGUAUUGUGCUAUCUCUAUUUUUGCCAGAAAUAAAUAUUACAAGAAAAAUAAUAAAAAAUCAUUAAAAUGUGUUUUUAUACUUAAAAGGUUUAACCAUUAAAUCUGAUCUCUGCAUAUCUAAGCCGCCAGUGUAAGAAAUAUGCCCUAGAGGCAAUUAUAGGGAUGAUUAUAUUUCGUUGUAUCCAUAAGUUGUUGUAAUGUUUCUUGCAUAUCCAUAUGA